AUGACAGUGGACUUCAACGGGAAGAUGGAUUCCAUCUACACUGACUUGAAUGGAAAAAUCGAAGCUCUGAGCACUUAUAUCAAUAAGUUAGAAACUCUUGUUGCACGGAUUACUAGAUCUGUGAAGAAACGAGAAGGGUGUAAUGCCAUUUUGAUUAGAGAUAGAGAUAAUGUGUGGGAGGAGGAAACAAGUGACGAUGAUGAAACUGCACUUGCACAGCAAGUGUCGCUCGACACCAUCUCACGGUGUCGAUCGACACUAACACCAGUUCUCGUGGAUUUGGCUCCUUACGGACCAAUAUCGACCGCGAUCGAGACCACCUUAUCGAGACCAGAUCACUGUGUCGAGCGACACCUUCCCUGUGUCGAUCGACACCCCUCACAGACUCAACCGGAUUUUCCCGAAACUCCGCGACCAUCUACAGAAAAGAUCUACAAGCCUAAGGUUCCUUUUUCAAAGCCUAGGAAUUCUAAACAGGAGAUAGAAGAAGCUCGAUGCAAGGCAAUGAUGGAAAAGGUGGUUACUGAGAUACCUCUAGAUCAUGCAGAUCGUGAUUCACCUAUGCUUAAACAGUGUGUUAAGAGGAUGGUCCAAAAUGACGUGAGCCCUGAGGAAGGAGCUUUGCUGGCUAGAGACAUGGGUGCUAUCUUCUUGAAACAUACCCCACAGAGUAAGAAAGAAAAGAAGAAGAAAGUGUUUGUUUCUAAAAAAGUUAGUGCCAUGAUUCAGAGCAGGAUUCCGGAGAAGUUACCUGAUCCAGGAAGUUUCGUGCUAGACUGCUCUAUCUUCACAGAAAGAUUUCCUCAUUCUCUUUGUGAUCUUGGCUCAGGUAUCAACUUGAUACCAUACUCUGUUGCUGUGAGACUUGGGAUGACAGAUUUCAAGCCGACUAGGAUCUCUCUUAUCUUAGCUGAUAGAUCGAAAAGGAUUCCCAAAUGUAUUUUAGAGUAUGUUUUGAUAAGAGUUGGUGAAUGCAUGAUUCCUGCUGAUUUUGUUGUUCUUAAGUAUGCUAAAGAACCUAAGGAUCCGAUUAUCCUUGGGAGAUCUUUCUUGGCUACCGGUGGUGCUCUUAUAGAUGUUCAGAAAGGAAAGAUUGAACUGCAUGUUUAUGAUUUGGUUAUGAACUUUGACAAGGAAAAGUUGAGAAGGCAGUCGUAG